AUGGACUCGAAAAGCUACGCAAAACUUGGAUCGGGAGACUCGUAUAUGGUUUAUGAUCUCUUUGAUAGUGAGUUCAGCGAGGUCGCAUUUCAGAAAGUGAAGGAAGAAGUAACAUUCGAUAUAAUGCACCACAGAGGUGGUGAAGUACCUCGACUUGUCGCCGUCCAAGGUGAAGUGGCCGGGGAUCUAAGCUUUCCAGUUUAUCGUCACCCCUCUGAUGAAUCUCCUCCACUCAGAAAUUUCACGCCAACGGUGGAGUUGAUUCGCAAGGAAGUACAAAAAAUUAUCAAACAUCCAGUCAACCAUGCUCUUAUUCAAUAUUAUCGAUCUGGGAAGGACUAUAUCUCUGAACACUCUGACAAGACGAUCGAUGUUGUACCAGGGUCCAGCAUCGUAAAUGUCAGUCUUGGGGCUCAGCGUACUAUUACUUUGCGAACGAAAAAAGACCAGGUCCGCACCGAUGAAGGAUUAGAUGGGAAACGGUUUUCCCAACGCAUUCCUUUACCUCACGGCUCCAUGUUUGUCAUGGGCCUCGAGACUAACCGGCGUUGGCUUCAUGCAAUAAAUCACGACAAUCGACCUCCUAAAACCAAAUCGCCGGAAGAACUGCAGCAAAACGGAGAGCGUAUCAGCUUGACAUUCAGACAUAUCGGGACCUUUUUGGAUGGUCCAAAUGAAAGGUUGAUUUAUGGGCAAGGAGCAACAGGUAAAAUGAGAGAGGAAGCAAGGCCGGUGGUCAACGGUGGUGGGCCGGAGGCGGAGGCUUUGCUUGAGGCGUUUGGGAAUGAGAAUAAGGAUUCGAAAUUCGUUUGGGAUGAAUGGUAUGGGAAUGGAUCGGAUGUACUGCAUUUUACCGGUGAUAUAUGA